AACACAGGCGUGCGAGCGGAGAUGCUGCCCCACACCACGCAGGCCGCCUGCAGCAGCGAGCGCACCGCGCCUGCAGCGAGGGCUGCGCCGGAGGCCGGCGUGGCUGUCCCGGGCGCCUCUGUCCCCGCGGCUCCCUCCUCGGUGCCCCCGCCGGGGGCCAGGCUCGCGGCGCCCCGUGCCGCAGGCGUCAGCUGAGGCUCAGAAGCCCCAGAAGCAGCGCCCCCGCUGCACUCCGUCUGCGUCCGCCUCGUGGCCCCCUACUUCGGGCACCAUGGACACCUCCCGGCUCCGCGCGCUCCUGUCCUUGCCUGUCUUGCUGCAGCUGGCGGCCGGGGGCGGCUCGCCCAGGUCGGGCGCCCUGCCGCGGGGCUGCCCCACACACUGUCACUGCGAGCCCGACGGCAGGAUGCUGCUCAGGGUGGACUGCUCCGACCUGGGACUCUCCGAGCUGCCCUCCAACCUCAGCGUCUUCACCUCCUACCUAGACCUCAGCAUGAACAACAUCAGCCAUCUGCCCCCGAACCCGCUGCCCAGUCUCCGCUUCCUCGAGGAGCUACGUCUUGCUGGAAACGCUCUGACGUACAUUCCCAAGGGAGCAUUCUCUGGCCUUCACAGUCUUAAAGUUCUCAUGCUGCAGAAUAACCGGCUGAGACAGGUGCCCACGGAAGCGCUGCAGAGUCUGCGAGGCCUUCAGUCCCUGCGUCUGGAUGCCAACCACAUCAGCUACGUGCCCCCUGGCUGCUUCACCAGCCUGCAUUCCCUGAGGCACCUGUGGCUAGAUGACAACGCUUUGACAGAAAUCCCUGUCCAGGCUUUCAGAAGUUUAUCAGCAUUACAGGCCAUGACCUUGGCCCUGAACAAAAUACACCACAUACCAGACUAUGCCUUUGGAAACCUCUCCAGCCUGGUCGUUCUACAUCUCCAUAACAAUAGAAUCCACUCCCUGGGAAAGAAAUGCUUUGAUGGGCUCCACAGCCUAGAGACUCUAGAUUUAAAUUACAAUAACCUUGAUGAAUUUCCCACUGCAAUUAGGACACUCUCCAACCUCAAAGAACUAGGAUUUCAUAGCAACAAUAUCAGGUCGAUACCUGAGAAAGCAUUUGUAGGCAACCCUUCUCUGAUUACAAUACAUUUCUAUGACAACCCUAUCCAGUUUGUUGGAAGAUCUGCUUUUCAACAUUUACCUGAACUGAGAACACUGACUCUGAAUGGUGCUUCACAAAUAACCGAAUUUCCUGAUCUAACUGGAACUGCAAACCUGGAGAGCCUGACCUUGACUGGGGCACAGAUCUCGUCUCUUCCUCAAACCGCCUGCGAUCAGCUACCUAAUCUCCAAGUGCUAGAUCUGUCAUACAACCUGUUGGAAGAUUUACCCAGUUUUUCACUCUGUCAAAAGCUUCAGAAAAUUGACCUAAGACAUAACGAAAUCUAUGAAAUUAAAGUGGAGGCUUUCCAGCGGUUGCUGAGUCUCCGAUCUCUGAAUUUAGCUUGGAACAAAAUUGUCAUUAUCCAUCCUAAUGCCUUUUCCACUUUGCCGUCUCUAGUAAAACUGGACCUAUCGUCCAACCUCCUGUCGUCUUUUCCUGUAACUGGGUUACAUGGUUUAACUCACUUAAAAUUAACAGGAAAUCAUGCCUUGCAGAGCUUGAUAUCAUCAGAAAAUUUUCCAGAACUCAAGGUUAUAGAAAUGCCUUAUGCUUACCAGUGCUGCGCCUUUGGAGUGUGUGAGAAUGUCUACAAAGUUUCUAGUCAGUGGAAUAAAGGUGACAACAACAGCAUGGACGACUUUCCUAAGAAAGAUGCCGGAAUGUUUCAGGUUCAAGAUGAGCGGGACCUUGAAGAUUUCCUGCUUGACUUUGAGGAAGACCUGAAAGCCCUUCACUCUGUUCAGUGCUCGCCUUCCCCAGGCCCCUUCAAGCCCUGUGAACACUUGUUCGGAAGCUGGCUCAUCAGAAUCGGAGUUUGGACCAUCGCAGUGCUGGCGCUCGCCUGCAAUGCGCUGGUGUUGCACACGGUGUUCAGAGCCCCUCUGUGCGUCUCCUCCGUGAAGCUGCUGAUCGGCACGAUCGCCGCGGCCAACCUGCUCGCGGGCGCCUCCAGCGCGGCGCUGGCGGCCGUGGACGCCGUCACCUUCGGCAGCUUCGCGCGACACGGGGCGCGGUGGGAGAAUGGGGUUGGCUGCCGAGUCAUUGGGUUUUUGUCCAUUUUUGCUUCAGAGUCAUCUGUUUUUCUGCUUACUCUGGCGGCCCUGGAGCGUGGCUUCUCUGUGAAAUGUGCUGCAAAAUUUGAAACGAAAACUCCUUUUUCCAGCCUGAAAACAGCCAUUCUGCUGUGCGCCCUGCUGGCCCUGGCCACGGCCACAGCGCCCCUGCUGGGCGGCAGCGAGUACGGGGCCUCCCCGCUCUGCCUGCCCCUGCCCUUUGGCGAGCCCAGCACCACCGGCUACAUGGUCGCCCUUGUCCUGCUCAACUCCCUGUGCUUCCUCGUGAUGACCGUCGCCUACACCAGGCUCUACUGCAGUCUGGAAAAGGGGGAUCUGGAGAACGUCUGGGACUGUCCUAUGGUGAAGCACGUCGCCCUGUUGCUCUUCACCAACUGUACCCUCUACUGCCCUGUGGCUUUCCUGUCCUUCUCCUCUUUACUGAACCUCACGUUUAUCAGUCCCGAAGUAAUUAAAUUCAUCCUUCUGGUGAUUGUCCCACUUCCUGCAUGUCUCAAUCCCCUUCUGUACAUCCUGUUCAAUCCCCACUUUAAGGAGGAUCUGGGGAGCCUGGGAAAGCAAACGCACCUCUGGACGAGAUCCAAACACCCCAGUCUGAUGUCCAUUAACUCUGACGAUGUGGAAAAACAGUCCUGCGACUCCACCCAAGCCUUGGUGACCUUUACCAGCGCCAGCAUAGCCUAUGACCUGCCUUCUAAUGCCACGUCCCUGCCUGCUUAUCCAGUGACUGAAAGCUGCCAUCUUUCAUCUGUGGCAUUUGUCCCAUGUCACUAAUGUGUGAGAGAAAAAGUUUUCAGAAAGUGAAGAUCUGAAAAUGUGACACGGAGCUCGUCAGAGAAGUAGGUACGAAGAAACAGCUUGAAACUUAGUUUUAAAAACCAAAACAGAAAAAGACCUCUCAGUUAAUGUAAAAAAGCGGAAAACCUAUUGAUACUUGAGAGUAAAACAUGUCUAAAUGCUGCUUGUAUAAAUUUGUUUAGCUGAGGGAUAGAUCAGUCACACUAUUUAGGUGAGCGCAGAUCCAAAAAGCAGAUUGAAACGUUCUUCAAAAAUGAUUCUCCAUGAUUUUACUUUCAUUCUUUUUAAAUUCACCAAUAAUUUGGGGAUGGGAUAAGACCCCACUUGCUUCCAGAAUGAGUUUAUUUUUUAAGGUGGUUUCCUUAGAAGAUAGUUGGCAGCAUAAGGGCUUUAGAUGGCCUCCCUUACCAAGUGAGGGUUGUGACCAUGCUCUAAUCCUCUUUUUCCUUUCCUGAGAAAGGACCCUUCCAGGUCACCAACCACUUGGAUGGAUAAUGUGAGCCAUUAUUGACUCACUCACAUCCAGGUCAUUUUUAGAGACACCAGGUUUUAUGUAUGAGCACUAAAUCAUUCUACCCUCUAUGGAAUUACAUGGUUCACAAAUAUUUUGGAAGGAAAAUUGACCGAAAUUCUUAAAUUGCUAUGAGGGCAAUCACAUUCAGAAGUUCUUCUUGUCUAGUUCAUUUUUCACUCCUUGGUGGCCAAAGCUCAGAAGGAAAGUCUGUUGCUGGCAAUGGACAUACUUAAAAAGAUAGUGAACAAGCUGAGACUUUUAUUUUUUUCCUGAGUGAGUGCACAUUACUUUGCAAGAGGUUUUAUCAGUUGAUCCAAACCAAGGUGCAUCUUAAGAAAACAAUCAAAUGCAGGCACAGCAUAAAUUAAUUUCACUGAUAUAACCCCCACACUUGUGUCUCUAGUAGCUCUAGUAAACCCAACCUCUGAAACUAUUUGGAUUGGACAGAGGCUCAGUAACAUAUUAUCCUGUUUAUUUAGCUUGGUCUUAGCUGUGUUCUCUCUGGAUCAACCCUCUUCAUGUUGGGAACAUUACUUCUCUGCUUAUUCCAUAUUAAUAUAUGUUUUUGGUAUUUUAAGAAUCAAAUUAUUAAAGAUUAAAAGUCAAAUGUUAAUUCUUCACUUUCUUUAUCCUACAUGAGCUUCAACAUAUCCAAGCCAAAUGGGUGUUAGUUAGAUAUAUUUUUAUAUAAGCAUGUUUAUUUUGAUCAGAUACAUGCAUCAGAUGUUUUAUAAGAUGUGUAAAUAUAGAACUGUAUUUAUUACUAUAGUUAAGAUUCAGUAACAUUAACGACCAUGACAAUGAACCAUGUACAGUGGCGUGUUCUUCCAUCUCUGUUGUAUUUCUCUGCCCAUUCUCUUUGAUGUCACUAACUGUGUAUAUGUAAAUAUAUAGUUCUUGUAAAUUUGCUUUUCUAUUGGGUACAAAAUAAAUUUGUAAUAAAAU